AUGGCUAUGGGCAAUCACUCAUCAGUGUCUGAUUUCAUCCUCCUGGGGCUCACAGAUAAUCCAGAUCUCCAGGCCAUUCUCUUCGGCAUAUUUCUAGUUGUCUACUUAGUCAGCAUCAUGAGUAAUCUUGGACUGAUUGCUCUAAUCCAAGUCAGUCCCCAGCUGCACACCCCCAUGUACUUCUUCCUCAGCCAUCUGGCUUUUAUCGACUUUUGCUUUACUUCCGCUGUCACCCCGAACAUGCUGGUGAACUUUCUGAGUGCAGUGAGAAGAAUUACAUUUCUUGCCUGUGCCGCUCAGGUGUGCUCCUUCAUCACAUUUGCCGUGUGUGAAAUGUUCCUGCUCUCCAUCAUGGCAUAUGACCGCUAUGUCGCCAUCUGCAACCCGCUCCUGUACGUCAUUCUCAUGCCUAAGAGACUGUGUGUUCAAAUGACUGCUGGCACUUACAGCUACGGAUUCACAGUCGGUCUGAUACAGGCAGUGGCCACAUUCCAUUUGUCAUUUUGUGGCUCCAACGUGAUCAACCACUUCUACUGUGACGAUGUUCCCCUCAUUGCCCUGGCUUGCUCCGACACUCGUGUCAAAGAGCUAAUGCUGUUAAUCAUCGCAGGGUUCAACACCCUUUGCUCUCUUAUGAUAGUGAUUAUCUCCUAUGCCUUCAUCCUCUUUGCCAUCCUGAGGAUUCAUUCUGCUGAGGGAAGACAGAAAGCAUUUUCUACCUGUGUGUCUCACCUGAUUUCUAUCUCAAUAUUCUAUGGGACAAUUAUCUUCAUGUACCUGCAGCCUAAAUCAAGCCAUUCUCUGAGCACAGAUAAAAUUUCUUCAGUGUUUUAUGUGGUAGUGAUUCCUGUGUUAAACCCACUGAUCUACAGCUUGCGGAAUCAGGAGGUAAAAAGUGCCCUGAAGAAAACUGAGAAGCUGAGCCUUUGCUUCUAG